CCAGCCUUCACAAUGGGCUCACUCACUCUCAUCCGCUCCAAACACAUCCAUCCAAAGCACACAGUCUUCCAUUGUCCAUUGCUUCUAGCCUGCUACUCUAUAAACCCCAACUAUACCUUCUCUACCAAUAUUGUCAACCAUAUAUCCAACCUCGCCUAUCAUCAUGUCUGGUCUUUGGUACUGCUGCGAGUGCUCCCACGGGCCUCACCAAAUUGACCUUGAUACUGCCUGCACCCAGUGCGGUGAACCACGCUGCGAAGACUGCUCAAUGGACACUCAAAACUCGGGGAUUUCGCUACACCACUGCCACGAGGUAUCGCCGUAUCCUCAAGCUCCGGUUUCCCGACACUGUGCACCCUCGUUGAACGUUGUCGCAAACAUGCCCUCUAUCAUGGGAUGUAACACAAUCCAGCGGCCGACAUUGUACCACGCUGAUGUACGGAAACACUGCAUGCCUGGUAUCAACAAUCAGCAACUCCAGGGCACCGUCGGCCAUUCCAACCUAUACUUCUGCUGCCAGUGUGGAGAUGGGCCGAAACUAUUCCAGAACCAACCGCAGUGUGUGAUUUGCCAGCACAUUGCCUGCUCCAGCUGCAAGGCGGCGAAAUGAUUUAUGGGAAUGAUGGUAUUGAGACAUCGAGUCUCUGACGAAGCCUUGUUUAAUCUACGAUCACCUUAGUUCUCACCUGCGGGUAUAUUUGAGCGUUUACGUUAUGAGCAGCAUGGAACAUGAAACAGACAUGACCAGGAGUCUUGAUUUUGUUUUUCUGUUUUUCUUUUCCUUUUACUAGUCUCCUCUUUUUUCCAGAUGAUUCUGCAUGAGCGGUUGCAUAUUGUUUCGCGAUACAUUGUCAGCUGUCCGGCUUAUUGUUUUAGUUUUGUUAUUGUUCCGGGAUACCUGUACUAAAGAUACGACUUAGAGUUGGG